UUAUCCAUAACAAUACCACAAAAUUACUUCAAUAUUUUUUAAUGUCGUUUAGUUAUCAGAAUUUUAACCAAAUACAUAUUUGAAUUAUUAAUUAAAAAUUAUCUCAUUUUGGUAUUUUUGAAAAAAUAAGACUCGUUUAUUUAUAACCAUUUUGAACAUAUAGUAAUUUUUCGUAGUAUCAAUUUAAUGAAAUAAGGCAUUAAUAUUUGCGAAAUUAUAACACUUAUCCGCUAAAUAUAAUUUACAUGACAAGAGAUUAUUUUGAUUAAAUUAAAAUGGCAACCGCAAGUAAUCAAUCUGAUUCUUCACGCAAAAACACUGACAACAAAGAUAAUGAAAGCAAAGAUGAACAGAACAAUAUGUACGAGUGUAAUAUAUGUUUGGAUAAUGCUAAAGAUGCAGUUGUCAGCGUUUGUGGUCAUCUGUUUUGUUGGCCUUGUUUACAUCAAUGGUUAGAAACUAGAUCUAGUCGUCAAGUUUGUCCAGUUUGUAAAGCAGUCAUUAGUAAAGAUAAAGUAAUACCAAUAUAUGGCCGCGGUAACACCAAACAAGAAGAUCCUAGAAAUAAAGUGCCACCAAGACCUGCUGGUCAAAGAACUGAACCAGAUGCUAACACAGGAUUUCCAGGAUUUAAUUUUGGAGAUGGUGGUUUUCAUUUAUCAUUUGGAAUAGGAGCUUUUCCAUUUGGUUUUUUAACAUCAUUUAACUUUUCAGAUCGUCCUCAUGGAGUUCCAGUAGGUCAGAUGCAACAGGAUGAUAAUUAUUUGUCAAAACUUUUCUUAUGGAUUGCAGUUAUAUUUAUUGUUUGGUUAUUACUAGCUUAAUUAUAACAAAUUGUAUACUUUAAUGCAUUAUUUUUCUGUAAAAUGGAUAAAGGUGUAAAAUAAUAUUCAUGGUAAAUUUUAUUACAAGUUCUUAUUA